CAUAUACACCGUACCGAGUCUACCUUCAUCAACGAUUCACGAUUUUUUUGUGUCUGUAUCAAUUGUCUCUUUACGGCUCGGUUAAUAUUUUAUCGUUGCGUGUGACCAUGUCUUUCUUGGGAGGUGCAGAAUGUUCAACUGCGGGCAACCCGCUCACACAGUUCACCAAACAUGUACAAGGUGACAAUUCCCUUCAGCGAGACCGCCUCGUCGGGCGAGGCCCUGGUGGUCUCGAAGAGGGCAUGCGUUCUCGUAUGACUCCUAAUGGAUCGGAUCAGAUGAUGAACGACUUCAUGCAUCAGGCCGGUCCAUUGCCACAGCCCUUCGCAAUGGAACAGCUCCGGCAAGAUCUCCCGAACCUCCAGAAUAUGGCCAGACGAUCGCCUUCGCCCGGUUGGGCAGCAGAAUUCGACCCGGGUGAACAAGCAAGGAUGGAGGCUGCAUUUGCCAAUUCAAAGAUGGCUCAAGCACCGCAACGGCCAGGGGCCUUCUCUCCUCAAGAAUUUGGCCGCUUUCAACAGUCAAGUCCACAUCGUACCGCAAGUCCCGUCACACAAGCUCCUUCGCUUUACAGACCAAUGGGAACGGGUUACAUGAAUGGCGGGAUGGGCAUGGGAAUGAACUAUGGCGCUCAAUACAUGCAACACCAGCCAGAUCAGACGACCGAUAAAGGAAAGGGUCGAAUGGUGGAACUUGACGAUGCGAACUGGGAAGCGCAGUUUAAAGAACUUGAAACUCAACAGGAUAGUCUGUCAGAACAAGCCAAUCAAGCAAUUGAACAGGAGCUCGAGGAGCUUGAUAGGUCAGUCGCAGCCCCAAUUGACACGUUUGAGGACUUUGAGAAUGUCUGGCACGGAAUCCAAGCUGAACAUUCUUCCAGACAAAUCAGUGAAGAUGCCGCCGACUACGACAACCACUUUUCGAGCGAAGACUAUGCCGCUUGGGACCAAUUUGACUCAACAAUGGGUAUGGGCACACACAAUCCUUUCGAGCGAGAACCCAUGCUGGGCGAUUACAUGUUCGAGGGACAGAAUCCAUAUCUGGAGAACCAGUCAGCCUCGAGGACAGCAUUUGAGCAAGGCCUAGAGAUCCUCAAUACUCAUGGCAAUCUCUCUCUGGCAGCGUUGGCGUUUGAAGCUGCGGUGCAGCAAGAUCCGAGUCAUGUCGACGCAUGGGUCCUCCUCGGCGCCGCCCAAGCACAGAAUGAGAAAGAGGCUCCAGCCAUUCGAGCCCUCGAGAAAGCACUUCAACUGGAUCCGAACAACCUUGAUGCGCUCAUGGGAUUGGCCAUUUCCUAUACAAAUGAAGGUUACGACAGUACGGCGUAUCGGACAUUAGAACGCUGGCUUACCGUCAAAUAUCCUCAAAUUCAUCCUCCUGAGAACCUCUCAGAUGCAUCCGAGGUUGGUUUCACUGAUCGUGCCAUUCUACAUGAACGAGUGGCCGAUCUGUUUAUAAAAGCGGCUCAGCUCUCACCUAGUGGCGCAAGAAUGGAUCCAGACGUGCAGGUCGGCCUGGGAGUACUGUUUUACGGUAAUGAGGAUUUUGAGAAGGCAGUCGAUUGUUUUAGGUCGGCCCUUGAGUCAACCGAAGAGGGGCUUGCCAAUAAUGGUGCUCAGAUCCAUCUUCUAUGGAACAGGCUUGGUGCUACUCUCGCCAACUCUGGCCGAUCCGAAGAUGCCAUUUCGGCAUACUGCAAGGCGCUGGAAUUUAACCCAAACUUUGUCCGCGCACGUUAUAACCUCGGGGUAUCAUGCAUCAACAUCGGCUGCUACCCUGAAGCAGCUGGACAUUUACUUGGGGCGUUGAAUUUGCAUCGGGUUGUUGGCGAACAAGGAGUGGCUGAAGCUAGAGAGAUUCUCACUAAUGGCGGUAACAUUGGUGAUGCCGAGCUGGAGCGCAUGAUGCAACAAAACGAAAGCACGAAUCUUUACGAUACUCUUCGACGAGCAUUUACAGGAAUGGGAAGAAGGGACUUGACCGAAAAGGUCGGGGCUGGGAUGAACCUCGAUCAAUUUAGAGGCGAGUUCGACUUCUAAACAAGGUGGAAUAUAUAUACAAUGAAAACCAUCCAACCUGA